CCGACGUCACCAACCACUCAUGAACACACCACUGGCGCCUCCUUCCUCUCCAUCCGCUCCUUCGCACGCUGAGCUGCCGGUGCCAGUCCGAUAGCAACCCAGUAGGUAGGUAGGAGCAGCCCAAUUAAGAAUGCUCCCUUCGCCAGGUGCAUGCUCCAGAUAAAAACGUUCUUCUCCCUCCCGUCUUCCGCCAACUGCUCAAUACUCUUGUCUUUUAAGAGCUUUUUACUAAACGCUGCCUGACCCUCGUUCUCUGGUUAAGCCAACAUCAAUUCUCAUCGAUUUAUUAGUGCACUGACGCUGGGCUGAGAGCUAUGAGCGUCUGCCCGGCCCUGGAUUUGACUUCGGUCGCGUACUCCACUGGCAGUCCUCUAGCCAGCCCAGGUCUUGACGACACGGGGACUUGUCCUGCCAUUCCAACCGGUGAAGAUUGCUCGGGUCCGAUAUCCGACCUUUUAGGAGACAUUGGCGUCAUUCUAGGCCCUAUGUACCGCCUGGGCCGUCUCUGCCUCAUGGAUCUGGAACUUGAAGACAUCGCCCGCUACGUUGGCAAGGCCCUCGGGGUAAUAGCAUUCGUCCUAGCAGUCGCCGCCGCUCCCAUCCUCUGGGUCAUCCAGACCUCCUUUGGCGCCCUCAGGUCCGUGUUCUCGACCGUCUUUUCGGCCGCUUCCUCAGCUGGCAAUGGCAUGCUACGCAUAGCCAUAACGCCUUUCCUCAUUCCAUGGCACAUCGCCGCGUUGGCUUGGGAGGUGGUCCUGAAUCUGUACGACGAGCUGGAGCCCGUCCUCAUCUACUUCAGCUUCGCCCUCGUCAUCGGGGCGUGCACUGGCACGAUCAUUGCCCUCCUAACUCGCAGCGCCCUCCAGGUCCUGCGCGCCUGGUUUCCGUUCCUGCGGCCGCGCCGUCAACACAUGCGCGCCAACCGCAGGCAAGAAGACAGGCCCCGACGCGGCGACUUCGGAUCACGCUUCGGCUACGAGCACGGUAGCAGCAGCAAAGACAGAGAGGGGGGCAAGGGAAAGGGCGAAGACAAGCAUGCUGACUCGGCCGUGUAUUGGUCCUCAUCCGACGAAGCUUCCGAUUCCCACAAAGGCUCGUUCAGGUCCUCCGCCCUCGGCGGUGGCGGCUGGCAUAGCAUCGCGACUCCUGUUAUGUCCACAUCGUCGCCGUCAAUGGGUAAGAGCUCACGGCAGAGACCGCCGCCUGUAGGUGUGCGGGUGGAGGAUACCAUUCACGAGGAGUCAUCGGGGGAAAACGAGCUGGUCUAAAGCGAGAGUUAUCAGGUUCAUCAUGUUCGGUCACGGUGUUCGUUAAUGCCUCGUCUACUGGGCGUUCUCAUUCUGCUUUUCUGUUUCAUUACUUUAAGGGGGGUCGCAAGCCCCAAGGAUGGCUUGUUAGGUAAUUCUGUAGUAAUAAUCAUGACAGCGGACCUUUUUGUCAUCACUGCCG